AUGGGUAACAGCGCGUUCAAAGUGAUAGUUGUGGGCGGAGGCCCAGUAGGACUCGCUGCUGCCCACGCCCUUCACCUGGCUGGCAUUGACUUUGUCGUCCUGGAACGCAGACCCGCCAUCGUGGAAGAUAAAGGCGCUAGUCUCAUUGUUCAUCCUCACACCUUGCGAAUUCUGCAUCAAUUCGGUCUUCUAGAGGAAUUGCUGCUUCGGGGUGCCGAGCUGCAUCAUCAUCUGUCGUUUACUGCCAAAGGACGCGUUUUCAAUGAGGGUACUAGAUAUACUCGAAUACGCGAAAAUCAUGGUUAUCCACCGGUUGCUUUCCACCGUGCCGAAUUGAUUGAGAUUAUGUACAAGGCAUUUCCGCCUGCUGUAAAAGAGAAGAUUUUAACGGACAAGAAACUAGUCGACAUCGAGACGAACCUCGAUGGGGUCAAAGUGACCUGCGCCGAUGGCAGCACCUUCGAGGGAUCUAUUGUGAUCGGUGCCGACGGCGUCCACAGUAAAACUCGCCAAUUGAUGCGCAAGCUCGCUCUGAAGGAAAAUCCCACACGAGACUGGGACUCUAAAAACCCCUAUACAGCAACCUAUCAGCUUCUAUAUGGUACAUUCCCGUCGCCCUCUGCAUCAGGUUUCGGGUAUGACAUUCAGGAAAAAGACAAGGCCAUUAUGUACUUCAGCAGUCCCGACCGCGGAUGGUUUUUCUUAUAUAGGAGGCUACCACAACCCACAAAAGAGCGCGCGUCUUACACAGACAAGGAUGUUGAGUCUGUGGCCCAGGAGUUUUUGGAGUUUCCCCUGACAAGGACCGUGAAAGUGAAAGAUGUCUGGCCACAAAUGUUAGGAGCUGGUCUGACAAACCUGGAGGAGGGAAUCGUGCAACACUGGAGCUUGGGAAGGAUUGUUCUUGUUGGCGAUGCAUGCCACAAGAUGACCACGCACCUGGGACUUGGAUUCAACAAUGGCAUCCAAGAUGUGGUAGUACUCUGCAACAGUCUUCGGAAGGUCAUCAACACAGCUCCUAAUGAGAGCCAAAAUACCACUGCCCUCACACAGAUUUUUGAAAGGUACCAGGCAGUCCGAAUGAGUUCUCUAUGCUCGCUCAAGGGCGAUGUUUGGAAAUCUGGGUUUGAGACCCAGGACUUAUUUAUGCGGUACGUUAUGGCGCCUGAGUUUCGCAAGGGGCGAAUUUUGGAUUAUGUUUCAAAGGAAGAGCCGAUGAAAGCCCGCCCGCAUCAUAGUGACUCCCUAGAGGAAGACCUUUCCCGCAAAGAACCUCUCCCCAGCUCUAGAGACCAUGUCUCUCAUAGACCAUCCACCUUCUCGCCCUCUGCGACCAAUCACCAAGUACAAAGCAGUGGCUCUCAAUUUCCCAGCCACUUACGUUUCCCUCCUCAGCAGGUGGAGUACCUUCUCGGUUGUUACUUCGAUAUUGUUCAAGACGCGAAUCCCAUCUUCUCCAAGGAGCUAUUUCUCCGCCACUAUCAAAGCUCGCUGUUCAGUGAAGAUCUCAUCUCAACAAUAGUGAUCAUUACCGCAAAGCUUACCGGGUUUACCGCAGACGGCGAUGACCACCCUAGUCUAGAUUCUAGCCUGGAUCUAUUACUCAGUUCGAGCCUAUUGGAGGAUGAUCUUAUCGGUGAUAUUCCGUCCCUCGAUCAGUUUCGUAAAGCCUAUCUCUUGGCGUUUUAUGAAUUCCAUCAAUUCCCGGGACACCACUCUUGGUUGCGCGUAGGUAGAGUGACGCGAAUGGCUUAUCGUAUCGGGCUUGACCGUCUGGACCAUAUUCGCACCCUCUAUCCUGACUGGAGCACUGUUAGUGACGAAGAGAUCCAAGAAUGGCGGUCACUCUGGUGGUGUAUCUAUCGUCUAGACACCUACUCUAAUCUCUCCUCCGGAGCACCGUAUCUGAUCGAUGACACCGUCAUCAACACCUCUUUUGUUCGAAGCCUUACCACUCAGCCAUCAGAAAGUCCCCAGGAACUAUACUUGCCGCCCGACUCAGAAGACCUAUCAAAAGUCCUUGUCGCAGCGCUUUCAGCUCCGAAUACAUUGCUAAAGAGCGUCCACAACAUCACGAUUGCUACUCUGCGCCAGACAGGACUCGUUAUCCGCCGCAUGCAUCUGCCGGGGUCACAAGAAUGUAUAGCUACUGCAAAAUUCGCCAAAGCUGAGCGACAACUGGCUACUAUCCGUUUAGCCCUGCCGACCGGCUGGCUCAAUCCAAGACGCAACGCAUUCUCAAAUGAAUCCCACGUUGAUCACCACGCUCGCAUGAUUACUAUUUUCCAUCUACGAAUGGCACAAUUACUCCUUUCAAUUGCCGACCGUGGUCUGCGACAAGCCGAUGAAUGGUUGGUAAGCUGGCAGCGAGUUCUUGAGGCAGCUCAGGAUAUCGCAACUGUCGCAGAUCAAUGGGAUAGCUCCUUUUGCCUCACCGUCGACCCAGCAAUUUCUUUUACCAUCUUCACUGCUUUGAUAUUUCUGGAUCUCCACAGAAAGACGACCAUAACGGUGGAAGAGGAGCACCACAAUAAUAAUAAUGAUGAUGAUAAUAAUCUCAGCUCCGACGAGACUAACCACCACAUCUCCAUACUACAUCUCCAACUACAGCAUUUUGGCAGUAUUUGGACACUACCAAGGCUUCUUAAGCACACAAGUAUCCUUCGAAAGCUUCAGUCAAUCAGUCGCUGGCCCCCUCUCCUAUCGCCAUAUUUGUCUAAUACUGUCGCGUUUCGAAGCGCCUUUACAUCCUAG